GAAUUCAUGAUGAGGUAUCUGGGUGGAGACUUCCUGAAAAGAGGAUAAACUGAAGGACCAAGACUUUGUCGUCUCACAUUUCUACAUAACGUCUGUGUUUCUCUGGGUUUAAGAUGCAGCUUCGUGGAGUCCUGACUGUCCUGCUACUGAGUCUGUGCAUAGCUCAUGGAUUAAGAUGUUACUCAUGUGUGACCACUGACCCUAAGAACUGCACCAACAUAAAGACUUGUGCAGCUGAAUUGGAUCGCUGUUCCUCCACCUCUGUAAACGGUUUCCUCACUAAGACCUGCAUGACCAGUAGCUUAUGUGUAGGUCCAAUCUUUUGUUGUGAGGCAGACUUGUGUAAUGGUGCCAGAUCCAUUGGUACCAGUGUCGCCCUCCUGCUGGUGACCUCAGCCAUCAUCAAGAUCUUUAUCUAAUG